UGUCUUCGAUUAUUAUCCCCAAAAUCUAUUGUUCCAAUUGUUCAAUCAUCAACAACGAUAAAAUUAAUAAUACGAGCUAAACCUGGUGCUAAAAAAUCACAAAUUAUCAGUAUCGAUGAUGAUGCUAUUGGUGUACAGAUUGCUGCACCACCAAGAGAAGGUGCAGCAAAUGAAGAAUUGAUUGAUUAUAUGAGUCACGUUUUGGGUGUUAAAACUAAAUGUAUCCAAUUGGAUGUUGGUACAAAAUCUCGAAAUAAAAUUUUAUUGAUUAAUUUUGGAACAACAACAAAAACAACAACAACAACAACAACAACAGCAACAGCCAAAAUAACGACAGCUGAAAAAGUGUUGAAAAUGUUAAAAGAGGAUAUGGAUCGUUAACAUGUUUUUUUAUUCUCAAUCAGACAAAAAAAUGCUAAAUAGUUUUUUGUUGUAAAUUUAU